CGUUUUCGGCGUGCAUCGCGCUUGUAAUUUUCUGACUUUUCUUGUCCUCUUUUCGCCUCUUCCUCUUUAUCACCUUUACUUUAUCUUACCCCCCCGCUUCACCCUCGUUUAUGCCGAAAACCACGCGAGUGUCACCCCUGGGCCCCUAAAAAAGAAGAAUCUCUGUCCGGAAUCGCCGAACGAAAACAUUGGGACAGAUCAACUAAUAGCAACAGGACUUCAACCACUGCGUCGAUUUCUUUGGAAAUUUGGACAAAUCAGUGGUUCGCAUCACCGUGCCGUCGAUGACAGUCCUCCCUUCGAGCCAGGAGCUGUUAAUGGAAGAUAAGCAACGCGAAGGAGAGAAUUUAUCAUCUUCACACAUUCCGGUCUGAUGGUCGCGGAGUUUUGGGAUGGGUGAUGGACGGAAGGUACUAGCUUCCUGGAUCUGGCUUUUGUUCUACUUCGUUCCAGCGACACCGAUCUGCCCGGCCAAAUGUUCCUGCAGGGACGAAGCACUCGCUGCGGCGUGCGUCGAAGCCGGACUAGAAGUCAUACCGAAUCUUCUCAACCCCGGUGUCGAGAUCAUCGACCUGUCCGGGAACCGGAUAUCCGGCUUUCACCACUACGCGCUCAACAUUUACGCCAACCUGAAGAAGUUGGACGUCUCUUUGAACAAGAUACAGACGCUGGGGUCGAAAAAUUUUGAAGCCCAGGGAAAAUUGGAGGUGAUGAACGUGAGCAACAACCAGAUAACGACAUUGGGCAAAGACGCUUUCAGAGGUCUCAAAUCGCUUAGGACCUUAGACCUGAGCCACAACCGCAUCGACAGGGUCAAACACGGUUCUUUUAAAGACACCGCUGAUCUCCAAGUCAUCGAUUUAUCCCACAACAAAUUGAUCUCCUUCGAAGACCCGACAGUCUUCAGUGCGAUCACAUCGUUGAAAUCCCUCUAUCUCCAUUCGAAUCAAAUCAUAGACGUCCCAAGUGCUCUUCUGAAAAAUUUGCCACACCCGUGUGUUUUAGAGACGCUUACGUUGACUGAUAAUCUGAUAGAGGCUAUCGAAGGCAAAUCUUUCCCGUCCCCUUGCACUAAUACGUUGAAGUAUCUCAGUUUGGGUUCGAACGUAAUCAAAGACAUUGAAAAAUCCGCGUUCAAUUCUCUUUAUAAUCUUAAACAAUUGGAUUUAUCUUUUAAUAAUCUUACUUUUAUACCGACUCAGCAGCUCGCUAAAUUGAAUCUUCUUAGUGAAUUGGACUUGAGCGGGAAUACAUUCUCGAGUGUGCGUCCGGUCGCUUUUCAGAGUUUAUUCCAACUGAAAACACUCCGUUUGUGUAAAAUGCCGUAUAUGGAGAGAAUAGAUUCGAGAGCGUUCGUAGACAACACCCGGCUGGAAGCCGUGGUGAUAGACGAUAACCUUCAGCUGACUAGAAUCCCUACGAGGAUAUUCUACAGAAACUCUCAACUGCGUUACGUCUCGAUGAAAAGCAAUGCGCUGACCACUUUGGACGCAUCGCACUUUCCGCUCGAUCAGUUGAGGGUUCUCGACCUUUCCGACAACCCUCUGUACUGCAACUGUUCUCUGCACUGGCUAUGGGACAUGGCGCAGGUCGACAGUAAAAUUAUAAACGCGACGCCUGUUUCUAUCAACAACGACUCCACUACGGCCAGUCCGGAGGAGAUGAAACCGCAGCUCCGUGUGAUCGUGACGGACCUGCGAUGCGCCAAUCCGGAGAGCCUCAGAGGUCAUCUACUGACUGAAAUACCCGAAUCGACUGUGCGCUGCGAAGCCACCUGGCUGACUGUCGCCAUAAUCACUGGACUGGUUUUGGCCCUGUUCGCCGCCACAUGCGUCGUCCUGCUCUUGUUCGGCAGUGAGAGGAAAUUAUGCUGGUGCAAGAAAGGAAAACAAGACAACGAUCCCACAGUGGAUACGAGGCGGCUAGCGGCCGGGCUCCACGCUCCCUCGGGACCUCCUCCGAUUUUGAUGCUCAUGCCUGAAAAGCAUUACAGGGACGCGAUUCUCACCAAUUACAUGAAAUCCGACGGAGACAUCAAAAUGGUCGAACCCUGGUUGAACGGGGAAAGCAGACAGAACGAGUACACCGUCGACAUGGCACCUGCGAGGAAGAAACCGCACAUAGUGUACGUCUAAACAACUACACAACUGAAACGGUUUCUAAUCAAAACUGUAAAUAAUGCUUAAUAUUUUUUCAUAUAGUUUCUCGUUUUAUAAUUAUGUGGUUCAAAAGCUCUCCUUGGUAUUUAAUGUUCUGGUGUGGAGAGCUUUUAGCAAAAUUAUAAAAAUAGCGACUUAUUUUGUAGAAAGACUUUUUUGUAUCCAUUUAAUAUAUUUUUGAGAAGACUGAUGGGAAAUAUUCAUAAGUAAAUAAAGCAUCAUAAAUUUAUUGAUUUUUGUUUCUUCUAAAUAGUUUUAUAUAAAACAAAACAGUUUAAUUUUAGCCCAAUUUUCAUUGCUCUCUGUAGUUUUUUUUUAAUUUAGUUUUUUAUAUUAGAUACUAGUACUAUGUUUAGCCUUUCAUUUUAUUAUAUAUUAUUUGGUCUAAUUGAUUUAUUUUUAAAUAUAUAUUUUUAACUUUUAAAAUUUUUUUUUGUUCUAAUACAAACGUACAUAAUUUUACAAGAAAGAAAUUUUUUGAGCCUUAUGCCAUCCAAGGUAGUAGGCCUUUUUAUGAAAUAAAAACUAAAGUAAAUGAAUAUUAAAAAGAAAAUAAGUUAAAAGAAGUAUAAUAUAUAUUUUAUAAAAGCCUAUGAGUAUAAUAUAAACCAACUUUUCGAUGUAAUUUAUGUAAACGUUUAUAGUUAUUGUUUCGUGACGUCUUUGAUAGGCAUAAGAUUGCAAUACAUGUUUAAAUAUAUAUUUCUUAAAAUACAAUAUAACUCUUAUAACAUUUUUAUAGGUGGUACAAUAAUAAA